AUGGCAUCAUCAGCGUCGCGUCUUCCGCCUCUACCCCUGCCAGAUGGUAUUAUCGAGAAUUAUGUCCGCUGCCCCUCGAAUGGUCUCACCUUCCAUACGCUCGAGGCCGGAUAUACUCCGCAACGCGAUAAGCCUCUGAUCAUCUUAUGUCAUGGCUUUCCAGAACUCGCCUUCUCUUGGAGAAAGGUUAUGGUUCCUAUCGCUGAGGCAGGUUACUAUGUGGUAACCUUCGAUCAACGUGGCUACGGGCGAACAACUGGAUGGGACAACUCUUCAUUUCUCAACACCAACCUAUCGCAGUUUGCUCUAACUAACGUUGUUCGGGAUGUCGUUACUCUGGUCAAUGCGCUGGGUUAUCGAGAGGUCAAGUGCAUUGUUGGUCAUGAUUUUGGUGCCGUCACCGCGAGCAUGUGUGCUUUAAUGCGUCCAGAUUUUUUCAAGAGCGUUGUCAUGAUGAGUCACCCCUUCAAGGCACCCUCGCUCCUGCCAUUCGACAUAGCUCACGGUGAGACUGACAAACCCGCGCCACAUCCUGACAUCCACGCUGAGCUGGCAAAGCUGCCUGUGCCAAGGAAGCACUACAAGUGGUACAACAGUACCAGCGUAGCUGCAGACGAUUGGCUAAAUCCAAGCCAAGGGCUGCAUACCUUCCUUAGAGGAUAUCUUCAUGUCAAGUCAGCCGAUUGGAAAGAAAACUCACCACACCCUCUCAAGAGCUGGACCGCUGAAGAGAUGGCCAAAGUGCCCAACUACUACGUUAUGCCGUUGCACAAGUCGAUGCCCGAUACUAUUGCUGACAUGAUGGUCAACCAAGACAGCUCGGCAACCGAACGAUGGAUGUCUGACCGGGACCUCGCUGUCUAUGUUCAGGAAUGGUCACGAACAGGCUUCCAAGGUGGCCUCAACUACUACCGAAUCACUACUGAUCAGGCUCAUAUGCGAGAUCUCCAACUCUUUGCGGGCAAGAAGAUCGAAUGCCCGAGUAUUUUCAUCUCAGGCGCUAAAGAUUGGGGCAACUACCAGCAACCUGGGGCCAUCGAGGCCUAUCCCGAGUCAUGUUCUGACUUUAGAGGGGUCCGGUUUAUUGAAGAUGCAGGGCAUUGGCCUCAACAAGAGCAGCCGGAGAGAGUCGUCGAAGGAAUACUAGGAUUUGUUCGCUAUCUUUGA